AUGCGUGCUUGCGUCCUCAGGAAGGAUGGCGGCAUUGCUAUGGCACUCGAGAAAGUUGUGUCGGCAGAGAGAAAGACGUUUAUAGGUGCACUGAAGGCUAUGUACUUCCUGAACAAGAGAGAGAUUGCUCACACUACAAAUUUUAUGCCGCUCCUAAAUUUGGGCAUAUCUCUAGGAGUAACAUACCUCAAUGACAUGCAUAUUGGUGGCAAUGCUAGCUGCACACCUGAGCGUACUAUGCAAGAAUUAGAACGAGCUCUAGAUGAAAGUGUCUCAAUGGAGACAUAUCAGCAGCUGCAAAUGUCUCCAUUCUUUUCCCUCUGUGUUGAUAAAACUACAGAUGUGUCUGUAACCAAACAGUUAAUUGUUUAUGGCAAGCACUUUUGUAAUGGACACCCUGGAAAGAGAGGCACAGGAGCGAAACAAUGCUCAAGCAUCUGGUUUGGCUGGUUUCAUCGAAAGCUACCGGCAACGCUGCUAGGAUGUCAUCUUGAUAAAGGCGUGGAUUUGGAGUUAGUCUACAUCAAAGAUGUUGUUAUAUUUACUGUUUUUGCUCCCCCAAACAACGAGCUGCCAGAAGUAGCUGUUCUUGCUCCACUGUGCGACAGAGUGAGAAAGACAAUAUUGCAAGAGCUCACAGAGGCUAAGAAACGAGGCAUGGACGGCUUCGAGUUUGAGCUUUGUGUUCAUAGUGCAGCUGAAGAACUGAAAGAGACAUACUAUGACCUCAAACGUCUAGCAUCACUUGACAAAUAUUUAAUAAAGGAUGAAAUUUUAGAAGACAGAAAUCAAGUCCCUAUUCGUCAUCUUUGUCAUCUUGGUGUCUGGUAUGGCAAAACGUUCGGCGGAGAUUGUACCUAUGACUUCGUGGUAACAGCGCAAGAGGUUAGACGUCUUACCAGAAGCAUUGAAAACUGCUGGGAAGAGUUUGCUUCUGAAUUGGAUGCAGAUCUAUUUACUGUCAGUAAAGUUGAGGAGAUAGCGCGUCAAAGGGAUGGACUCUUCAUGCAAGCUAGGACUAUGUUAGAGACAUGGAAAGACCAUCAUGCUACUAAAGCAUAUCGUCGCUUCUUAAUUCAGGCAUUAAUUGAAAUGGACCGAAGAAAGGAGGCUAAUGACGUCUUUGGAGAAGGAGUUGUAAAGCGGGUGUUAAAAUUGAGCAGGGAAACUGUCGACAGGCAUACAGGCAAGUAA